AUAAACAAACUCUCUCUUCACCUUCCCCGCACUGCGUUACAAAACGCCAAACCGACUUUUGACGACGGUACGCAUACGCCGGUGAAGUGACAUCUCUUCUGUAAUUCAUACAUUUCGCCGGAGGAAAUGGCGGAGGAUUUCGCCAGGUCGGUUGACCGAGGCCUGAAUCUCUCCAAGCGGAUUUACUACGGGAAGGAACCGCCGAAGAUGCCGUCGAUGGAGAGGAAGAUGCCGGCGGCGGAGAGUAACUUGCCGACGGCGCCGAUGAUGUACGCCGUGAUCACGGAGCCGGUGAUAGUGGACAAUCCGGAUAUUCCGAGCUACCAGCCGUACGUGCACGGCCGGUGCGAGCCGCCGGCGUUGAUUCCGCUUCAAAUGCACGCGGUGGCGAUGGAGGUGGACUGUUACCUGGAGACGGUGUUUGUUACGGUUAGUGGAACGUGGCGCGUGCACUGUGUCUCUGCUAGCAAAACCUGCGAUUGUCGGGUUGCCAUACCAAUGGGAGAGCAGGGUUCAGUUCUAGGUGUAUCAAUUGAAACUCCAUCAAGAUCAUAUUGCACUGAAUUGAUUACUACGGAUGAAACUGAUGAUCCAGUGAAAUUAGCCAAUGCUAAAGAUGGGUUCUUACUGAAACGACAGAUAUACACAUUAAAGGUUCCCCAGGUUGUAGGAGGAUCUGUUCUGUCUGUUAAAGUUCGUUGGUCCCAGAAAAUGUUAUACCAAGAUGGCCAAGUUUGCCUGACUAUACCUUUCAGUUUUCCACUAAAUGUCAACCCUGUUGUGAAGAAAUUGAGUAAGAAAGAAAAGAUCAUUUUGAAUGUGAACUCUGGUAGCGGAACUGUGGUCUGUUGCCAAAGUGCUAGUCACCCCUUACAGGAAUCAAACCGCUCGGGUGGAAAUAUAGGUUUCAUAUAUGAGAGUGAAGUUCCUAUGUGGUCCACAAAUGACUUCAGUUUUUCAUAUACUGUUUCUUCAGUUGAAAAUUCUUGUGGCCUGCUCCUUAAGUCUCCAUCUCGGCAUGAUUUUGAUCAGAGGAAUAUGUUUUGCUUCUAUCUUUACCCUCCACAUGACAUCCUUGGGAAGCUUUUCCGAAAGGAAAUGGUAUUUGUUGUUGAUACAAGCGCAAGCAUGCAAGGAAGCGCACUUGAGCAUGUUAAAACUGCACUACAGUCCGCUCUCUCUAAGCUUGAUCCAGAAGAUACCUUUAACAUUAUUGCUUUCAGUGAUACGAGCUUAUCGUUCUCACCAAAAAUGGAGCCAGCAACAAAGGAAACAAUUGAUAAUGCAAUUCAAUGGAUAAACCUAAAUAUUGUAGCUAAUGGAAGCACUAACUUUUCACUGCCUCUUGACCAGGCAAUGAAGAUGAUUUCUAAGUCCAAGCAUUCAAUUCCUCUUAUUUAUCUUAUUACUGAUGGGACUGUUGAAGAUGAACGAGAAAUCUGUGAAGUUAUAAGAUGCCAGCGCACAAAAGGAGGCCUGAAUAGUCCUCGGAUAUGCACAUUUGGCAUAGGUUAUUAUUGUAACCACUACUUCCUACAGAUGCUUGCAAGUAUUGGAAGAGGUUAUUAUGAUGCAGCGUUUGAUACAGAAUCAAUCAGUUCUCGGCUGGAAAGACUAUUUAGCUGUUCAUCAUCAAUCAUUCUGGCAGAUAUAAAAAUUGAUGCUCUGCAAUAUCUGGAUUCACUUGAGCUGUACCCAAAUAGUCUUCCAGAUCUGUUGUCUGGAAAUCCAUUGAUUUUGUAUGGAAGAUAUCACGGUAACUUCCCUGACAAUGUUGAAGUUAAGGGCACCUUGGCCGAUUUUAGCAAUUUUGAGAUUGGCGUGAAAGUACACAAAGUAAUGGAUGUGCCUCUUGAAAGGGUAUUUUCAGUAAGACAAAUGGGUAUGCUAACAGCUCAGGCAUGGUUGACUGGGAAGAAAGAACUUGAGAACAAGGUCAUCAGGCUAAGCUUGCAAACAGGUUUUGCUUCUGAAUAUACCAGAAUGAUUCUAGUUGAGUCUGAGAAAGGAAAGCAGAUCUCCAAACGGGAGACACUAAAAGAGGUGAUGAUGACUGAUUCGACUGUCAGGAAGAUCUUAUACCUCCGACAACUAGGCCUAGGCUUUGGCAACUUAAAGGCCACUGCUGAUAAUCUCCCCCCUGAAGCAGCAGAGCCCAAGCUGCACGAGACUUCUGAUGCAAUAUUUGCCGCUGCAGCAAACUGUUGCAGUAAGCUGGUGGACUGCUGUUGUUGCAUGUGCUUCAUUCAGUUCUGCUCCAAACUCAGCGACCGAUGUGCUGUUACGCUCACACAGCUCUGCACCGCGCUUGCAUGCUUCGAGUGCAUCAAUGUCUGCUGCGAAAUCUGUGAAUGCGACUUGUGUCAGUAACUGUAAAAUGUAUAUCAUAUCGUCUCUAAUGCAUGUUACUGACUGGCCAUAAUAAUAUGUUGUACCUACAAUAUGUGCCACUAAUGUAUGUAAAAAUACCUCGGAUAUUAAUUGUAUCUUGUCUUUUGCUAAAGAGGUGUAUGUAUGGACAACGAGCUUAUCUAUUGAUUAGUCUAUUAACCUUUCUGGUUUAA